AUGGCUUGGAGAGACAGGAGACCUGAUGUUAACAUUUUGACUCCUUGGCUUGCUCCAAUCAUCUGGGAAGGCACAUAUAAUUAUGAAAUCUUAAAUGAAGAGUUUAAACAAGGUGACUAUUCAAUUGGAUUAGUAACAUCUGCUAUAAAGAAGUACACAGCAUUCCUUAAUGAUUUUCUUACAACCGCUGAGCUCUAUUUCAUGCUGGGACACCGUGUUCAUUACUACAUCUUCACUGAUAGACCACAGGACAUUCCUAAUAUUACUCUCAAAGAAAAUCGGUUUAUUCAUGCUAUAAAUGCAGUCCCACACAAACGCUGGCAGGAUAUUUUAUUUGAGAGAAUGAGAAAUAUCCAGAUUCUAUCAGAAGAAAAAUUCUCAAAAGAGGUGGAUUACCUAGUUUCUACAGAUAUCGAUAUGAAAUUUAAUGACUAUAUAGGAGUGGAGGUUCUGGGAAAUCUGGCUAUUACAAUUCAUCUAGGUUAUUAUGGUUCAGAGCGUAGCCAUUUUCCAUAUGAGAGGAGGCAAGUUUCUGAAGCUUAUAUUCCAGUGGAUGAGGGUGAUUUUUACUACUCUGCAGCAUUUUAUGCUGGAACAGUGAAAGAAAUAUAUCUGCUAGCCAAAGCCUGUGCUGAAGGUAUUGAGAAAGAUAGGCAGAAAGGUAUUGAAGCAGUGUGGCAUGAAGAAAGCCAUUUCAACAAGUAUUUGUUGUACCAUAAACCUAGCAAAGUGCUUUCUCCUGAGUACACAUGGGACAAUAACUAUGGAACUCCAGCAUUCUUGAAAUCAAAACGUUUUAUUGCUAUCCCAAAGAACCAUAAUGAAAUCCGAAAUUAAAACAGAUGCUUUAGUUCAGCUAAUAAAAUUAAGGAAUAACAUAAUUGGUGUGAAUGGGUGUUUAACAAGAAUACUAGGAAAUUAUACUGCAUUUUAUAACUUAUAUAUGAAGCAGCAGUAGUUACUUCUCAACUGUACAGAUUUUCACAAAAUGUCCAGAUUUCUUAUUCAUAUUUUUGGUCUGAUACUCACAAUAUUAUGGUGUUCUGGCAAAUCUUUGCUAAAUCAUUGAGGACUGAAAUCACAAAAUAAUAACAGGCAUUUGAGAUUCA